GGCAGGCCCGUGGGUAGACGUGGCCAGGACAUGUAUCUAUGUAAAUAAAAGGAAAAAAAAGGAAGGCCUCUGACGGACUCUUUGCUGGGAGUAUUGGGGGAAGGGAAACAGAACAGGAUUGAUGUUUAUUGACUUAAACAAAAAACCUGAUCCUGGAAGUAUUUCAUUUGAGCCUAUUUUAUCCAUCCAGAUCCUGACAGCCUACACAAUUUCAGGCAAUCCAUAGUAGGUCAGCCUGGAUGUUGAUGCAACUUUGAGUGUGAUUACUGCACUUGAGAUCCUUCGCCUCGGACCAAUGGAUGAUCUCACCCAGCAGCUUCAUAUACAGAGCCUCAUAAAGACAGAUUCAACAUAUGUCCAUCUGUGUGUGUUGUGACCAAGAUUGCUUGCAACAAGCCCAUAUUUACCUCCUCGCAUGACAUGAGGAAUACAUAAUCCAAAAGCAGAAGCCACAAGAACUCCUCAGCAUUGGCCCUGUGAUGAUGUCCCAAGAGCUUGUGAACAGCCCUACUGUAGGGGAGCAACAAUCCAAAAUGCCAUAGAAGGGUGCCUAUACUGUUUCCUGAAAUGUCCCUUAACCUUGAUUAUGGUUUAAAGCAUCGCAGUAGUUGCUUUCUUCAUGCAGAAUUUGGCACCACGUUCUUUCCAAUGCAAAGGCUUAUGAAAACCAAUUUCAGAUGUUCCUCUUCCCAUUUUCCAGUAAUUGGUAAGGUUACUCUGAGAAAGAGGGGAGGGGAGGAUAUGCAAUGACGAGUUCCCUGUAUCUCAUUCUCCUUUUAAUAGUGACCUGUAUCAUUUUGAAGCUUCCCAGAAAUCAGUGUCGCCUUCACUGAGCAGCAUUAUGUGAUAGUUAUGCCAAGAGAUAAAGAGGGAUGUACAAAGGCAUAAAAGAUGACUGCAAGAGAGACACUUUUAAGGGACAAGAGACACAGUUGGCCAAAAGCUCUGGCAAUCCCAAAGACACAGCAGGGAGAGUGUCCUGAGAUGCCCUGUGCUUUGCACAAAGCAAUGUGAUUCUAGGAGCUAGAAAUCAGGAUCUGCCAGUAACUUAGUGGACUCUGGGCAGGGGAAAUAGCAUAAAUUAGCCUUUCUUGAGGGCCUUAACUACCACCUAAUUCAAACAUUCUCCAGAAAUGCGCUCUUGUAUUUGAUGCAGCAUAUACAAAAAUUAUGUUGGUUUGUAGUCAUACAAGGAAAGAUGCUCUAGCAGAAUACACAGCUGGUGGCAGAUUGUAAUUCAGGCUGCUUUAAUUGUAAAGGCCCCCUUUGAGGCAUUAGGGGAAAUGCCUGAUAAUAACAAUCACAAGAAGGUCGUCUUCAGCAAAACUACCUUUCCUCCUUUUUUUUCUACCGUCUUUUCACUAUUGCUACAUUCCACCAAAGAACUUGAAGCUAGGUCCUAAGUGGUCAUUAAAAUCAGCAAAUUGUAGAUAAGUCCCUAAUAAAUGCCUCUCACCCACAAGCCCCAUUUUAUGGAUUAUAAUAAUUUCUAUGGGACAAGUUUCUUCACCCACCCACCCCCCAAAAAAACCCCACUUGAUUUCAAUUUAACUUAAAAGUUUUGGGUUUUAGCCUGCUUGCUUUAUUUACCAUAUUUUUCGGAGUAUAAAAAUCACCUUUCUCUCCACUAAAAGGGGGUGAAAAUUUGGGUGCGUCUUAUACAUCGAAUGUAGUCCCGCCCACCCACGGGCCCCCACCCUUUGGCCUCUGCCUCCCAGCAACUUACCCUCUUGCAGCAAGGAGGAACAGCCAUUUCAGCUUCACCAUAGCCUAAUUAGCACAAGUUGAUUGCCUCCUGACUCUCAGCUGUUUCAGGUUGCAGGGAUUGCCAUUGCCUAUUGCUGCAAGGCCUCUGCCGCUUUCUGCAAGGAGGUAAAUUUGCUGGGAGCAGAUUUUUAUCUUGUGCUAAUCAAGCUAUGCUGAAAACUAAAAUGAAAGUAAAGCAGGCUGUUUGCUGUUUGCUGCAAUGAGGCAAAAUUACUGGGAGGCAGAGGCAGAUUUCUUUGUCUUGUUUCUCUCACCAAAACAGGUAGGUGCGUCUUAUAGUCCAGAACGUCUUAUACUCUGAAAAAUACAGUAUCUAAGAAAAAUAAUAUCUAGCUUAACAUAGAAGAAAAAAGACAUUCAAGGGACUGUAUUUUCUGCUCAGCUGUGAAUCCUUUAGCAACCAGGUGUUUUGUUUAUGCUCAAGUGUAACCACAGCUGUUUGUGGCUGGAAAGGCAGAGUGGGAGAAGCAGCCAGAGACUUUUCUCGGCUUGCAGACUUUGGCAACUCUUCUGGGUGCAGCUACCAAGCCUGGUGCGGGUUUCAAAACCUGCCGCUACCAGUUCGCUCAUGAGUGCGUGCAAGCUCAUGCGCGAAACAUUUCUGCACAUGCGCAGAAGCGUCCGGAUGGAUGGGCAGAGCCUCCCGCCACCACUGCUACCAGUUCACCCAAUCCAGGGUGAACUGGUAGCAACCCACUGCUGCACCAAGCAGAGUAGGGUGAAAUUGACCAGAGGUCUGGCUGGGGCCUUUUUCUUUUCCCCAGAAUCAAAUAGAAGAGCCAGAAAGCUACUUGGUGUAUGCAUGGUAUGUAUGGUUUUUCUUACCGAAGAGCCUUAAAAUGGAAGCUCCCCAAAGAUACACUCCAAACUGUAGAGGGUAUGAAGAGAUAAUCGUCGCUGCCCUCCAGGAGACAGAGGAAAGCUGGUAGGAAACUGAGCUCAGAAGCUCAGUAUUUUGUAAAAGGAAGUUUUAGCUGUGCUUGGAGUACCAAAUCUGAGCUGCAACAAUCCUGACAACCAAUAGAUGGUAGCAACAUGUUACAGAUCUAGUAGCCAUAAGCAUCCUGGAGGUUUCAGUGCACUGGGGGGUGGGGAGGAACGGAGGGGAGCAUUUAGAACUUCUGUCAACCUAGCACACUAUCCUUGUGUGGAACUACCCAUUGUUAAAAUCCUUGAAAGAUGCAAUGGGAGCCUGCACUGAAGUGUCUCUUCCCCUCCUUAACCCAGUCAUACUUCCCCAUUGUUCUCUCCACUAUUUGUUAUCUGCAGGCUCUGACCUCACCAAGGUGUACUUUAAUCGCUGUUUCUGGCAAAGGGCUGGAAUUCUAACUCCAGCACUCCUCAAAAGGAGACCUUCGGAAAGCACCAUUGUUUGCUUUUGCCCCAAAGAAUUCUCUCCAAUCUAUCAGGAAUAAGUCUUAAAGUCUCUUGGUUGCCAAAUGAAGAUUAUGUGCAGCAAAGAAGCUGGUUGAGGAGAGUACGACUGGGCAAGAAGCUCCAUCAGAAAUAUUCUACGGAUUGAAAUGGUUUUUUGCCCAAAUUAACAAUUCAGCCCUUUGAACAUCCUACGCUACUGGAGAGAAUAACACAAGAAAGAGGAAGAUGCAGUUCCUGAUACUGUUUUUCUUCUGUUUGUGCUCUACUGGCACCACAAAGCCCCACUCAGUACAAGAUAUAUGUACUGCCAAGCCAAAAGAUAUCCCUGUAAAUCCAGUCUGCAUUUAUCGUAACCCUGAGAAAAAGUUGCAAGAGGAGGCGGAUCAAGAGAGAAUCCCAAUUUCUACCAACCCUCGUGUCUGGGAGUUGUCCAAGGCUAACUCCCGUUUUGCUGUCCUCUUAUACAAGAAUUUAACCAAUGCCAGGGAUGAAAAUGAAAAUUUCUUUAUGUCACCAAUCAGUAUUUCUACCGCCUUCGCCAUGACCAAGUUGGGUGCUUGUGGCAGAACUCUUCAGCAGCUAAUGACGGUUUUUCAGUUUGAUACCAUUUCAGAAAAAACAUCUGAUCAAAUCCACUUCUUCUUUGCCAAAUUGAACUGUCGACUGUACAAGAAAGUCAACAAAUCCUCUGAGUUGGUAUCAGCCAAUCGCCUUUUUGGAGAAAAAUCUCUCAAAUUCAAUGAAACCUACCAGAAUAUUAGCGAGGUGGUUUACGGAGCUAAACUUUGGCCUUUGAACUUCAAGGAGAAGCCAGAAUUAUCCAGAGCAAUCAUCAAUGAUUGGGUGGCAAAUAAAACUGAGAAGCGUAUAACAAAUGUGAUCCCAGAAGGAGUCAUCAAUGAAUUCACGGUUAUGAUAUUAGUCAACACAAUUUACUUCAAAGGUCACUGGAAAUCCAAAUUCCCUCUUGAAAACACAAAGGUGGAGCCCUUUUUUAGAGCCACUGCUGAGCCUUGCCAGGUGCUUACAAUGUAUCAAGAAAUGAGAUUCCGUUAUGCUUCCAUUGCAAGUGGCAAAGUCCAGGUGUUGGAGCUUCCUUACCAAGGGGACGAUAUUACAAUGGUCUUUAUCCUACCUUAUCUGAACACACCUUUGGCCCAAGUGGAGCAGCAGCUGACUGCAGAGAAACUGGAAAGCUGGUUCCGUGCCUUGAAAGAGAUCUCCCUCUCAGUGCAUUUGCCCCGUUUCCAGAUAGAAAGCAGCUUCAGCCUGAAGGAGAAACUCCAAGAAAUGGGAUUGAGGGAUCUUUUCAGCCCUGAACGGGCCAGUCUGCCAGGCAUAGUUGAAGAUCCUCAAGCGGGCCUCUAUGUUUCUGAAGCAUUUCACAAAGCCUUCCUCGAAGUAAAUGAAGAAGGCAGCGAAGCAGCCGCUUCCACCACAGUUGUAAUUUCCGGUCGCUCAUUUCCUUUGAACAAAGUUGUCUUCAAUGCCAACAGACCUUUUAUAGUACUCAUUAGGGAAGUGGCUAUAAACGCCCUCCUUUUCUUGGGCAAAGUGGCUGAUCCCUGUUCCUAAAAUCUCCGAUUUGCGGUGCUCUUGUCUUCUUAAACUAAUAAGUAAAUAAAAGAAAAAAGAUUAAACCAACAUCCACCUCUGUGUUUCUGUUGCAUUAUAACAAGCUCGGUGCAUGUAGCCAAAUAAAUGUAAUCUUUCAAAGACA